GCGAGAGUGUAGAUUGAAUAGGGAAGGGAGAAUGUCGAGUUGUUCUUGAUGUAUCUCGAGAUGUGUCCGCUUAAAGUUGCUGUGCUGAUAAAUACAGCUUAUUUGAUACUCGGGUUACAAAAUAUGUCAUCAUCAUCCUGCUCGUGCGGGACUAACGAAUUUUCCUGUUUAUCUUCAUCUCAAAACUGUACUUGUAUACCUGUUCGAUGGCACUGCGAUGGCGAUAACGACUGUGAAGAAGGAAACGACGAAAUUGGCUGCGAUCCACCCACUUGUUCAUCAGAUCAGUUUAUGUGCACCAAUAGAAAAUGCAUUCUGAAAAGAUGGAGAUGCGACGAUGAUCCCGAUUGCCCCGAUAAUGCCGAUGAAAAUGAUUGUGUUGCCAGGAAUUGCACAGAAUUGGAGUACAAGUGUGCCAACGGGCGUUGCAUUGCUCAGGAGUGGAAAUGCGAUGGAGAUAACGACUGUGGAGAUAAGAGUGAUGAAAACUGCUCUUCUAUCAGUUGUUCGUCUUCGGAGUUCAAAUGUGCAGAUGGCAGUUGCAUUAGUUUUACCUGGCGUUGUGAUCACGAUGUUGAUUGUUUAGAUGGAUCGGAUGAAGAACAGUGUGCAUCGAAGAAAAAUGAUGCUUCUCAAUGUACUUCGGAAUUCUUCAAAUGCCAAAAUGGCCGAUGUAUCGCAGCUACUUAUCGCUGCGAUGGUGAUAACGAUUGCGGCGAUUGGUCCGACGAGAAAUCGUGUGUUGGACCUGGUGAAUGUCGUACAGGAGAAUUCCGAUGCUCGGAUGGAAGAUGCAUCAAUAUGGAGUGGAAAUGCGAUGGAGAAAAAGAUUGCGAUGAUCAUUCCGAUGAAGAUAACUGUCCGCCUAGAGAAUGUACAACUAAACAGUUUCAUUGUAAAUCAGAAACUUGUGUCCCUGAUGGAUGGAGAUGCGACGGAGACAUCGAUUGCUCCGAUCAAAGCGAUGAAGAAAACUGUGCAGAAGUUAAAUCGUGUAAACCGAACCAUUUUCGUUGUCAAGAUGGAACUUGUAUCGACGAAAAUUUAGUUUGUGAUGGAGAAUUUCACUGUUCGGAUGGUUACGACGAAUAUCCUAAUGUCACGUGUCCCGAUUUAGGUUCUGCUUGCGGCUCAGAAAAUCUGAUGUGUCAACAAAUUUGUCAGAGUACUUCACUCGGAGAUAGAUGCUCUUGCAGAGAAGGAUAUAAAUUAUUAUCGGAUAGACGUUCCUGUACGGAUAUCGAUGAAUGUCAAGAAUACAUGACGUGUAGUCACAUAUGCCAUAAUACGGUGCCAGGUUUUAAAUGUGAAUGUGCAGACGGUUAUAAAUUGAAAUCUGAUCAACAACAUUGUAAAGCAUCAGGUCCCGAUCCAUACAUCUUCUUCGCCAACAGAGUGGACCUCAGACUCAUGGAUCUACGUAAAUCAGAAUACAAACCAAUCGUCACCGGCCUCCAAAAUGCAAUAGCUCUGGACUACCAUUACGAAAAGCAAUUAUUAUUUUGGUCCGACAUAACCAGCGAUUCCAUUCAUUGUGCCUUUAUUAACGGAAGCGGAUUGAGAUCCAUAGUGUCCGUUGGACUAGUGAGUCCCGGUGGAUUAGCAGUGGAUUGGAUAGGAGACAAAAUCUUAUGGACUGAUUCUGGAAUGUCUAGAAUAGAAAUAGCCAAAUUGGACGGAACAAUUCGUAAAGUUCUCUUCUGGAAAAAUCUAGAGAAACCGAGAGCCAUCGCUUGCAAUCCUCAAGAAAGCACGAUAUACUGGACAGAUUGGGGAAGUAAACCGAGAAUCGAAAGAGGUUUCCUGGAUGGAAGCGGGCAAGAAAUUAUUAUCGACACUUCAAUUUUUUGGCCAAAUGGUUUAACAUUAGAUUAUGCUGGGAAAAGAAUUUACUGGACGGAUGCCAAGCAUCAUUUGAUAGAGAGUGCAAAUUUGGAUGGAAAAAACAGAAAGAUGAUUAUCCAGCAAGGUCUCCCUCAUCCAUUUGCUAUAACAGUUUUCGAAGACACUUUAUUCUGGACUGACUGGAAAACCAAGAGCAUCCAUUCUGCCAACAAAUUAACAGGAAAAAAUAUGAUCACCCUCCAUCCCAAGCUUCACUUUCCAAUGGAUAUAACGAUUUAUCAUCCUCUAAGGCAGCCCAACAUAAAAAAUAAUUGCGAGCCGGAUAACAACUGCAGCCAUUUAUGUUUAUCCAAUAACUCUUCCUAUCGGUGCGCUUGUCCUAUUGGAUUAUCACUAAGCCACGACCUGAAAACCUGCGCGGAAAGGUUAGAAGCGUUUCUUGUGUUCACUAGAAGGAGCGACAUACGUAUGAUGUGUUUGGAAUGUGACGAAAGUAUCGACGUGGUGUUACCAUUUCGUAAUAUAAGCAGUGCAGUCGGUCUAGAUUGGGAUAGUAACAGCGAUAUCGUUUAUUGGUCUGACGUUACUGAUAACACUAUCAGCCGUGCUCAGUGGAAUGGUAGCAAUCAAGAGAUUAUAAUAAAGACAAAUUUGGAAAGUCCAGCGGGUUUGGCUUUAGAUUGGGUUACUUUAAAGUUGUAUUGGACAGAUUCUGGAACCGAUAGAAUAGAAGUAUCCAAUUUGGAUGGAUCCAUGAGAACGAUUUUGAUUUGGAACAAUUUAGAUAAACCAAGAGAUAUUAUUGUGGACCCACUCGGACGCUAUAUGUAUUGGACUGAUUGGGGCCAAGGUCCGAAAAUAGAGAGAGCAGGAAUGGACGGUUCUGCAAGAUUAAUUCUCGUUGAAAACAAUCUCACGUGGCCGAAUGGAUUAGCUAUUGAUUAUGAAAAUGAAAGGCUUUAUUGGACAGAUGCUGGAACGAAAACAAUCGAGUAUAGUAAUUUAGAUGGAAAGAACAGACAGGUAAUUAUACAAGAAGACGAAUCGCAUCCUUUUGGCCUUACUUUGCACGAUAAUACAAUUUAUUGGACAGAUUGGAAGAAGAAAAAUAUCCAAAGUGCGAAUAAAUUGACAGGUGGUGAAAGAAAAGUAUUGAUUGAAGGAUUAAAUAAUUUAAUGGACGUUCAUGUUUUCCAUCGAAAUAGAUUAACAGUGGAAAAUCCUUGCAAGAUAAACAAUGGAGGAUGUAGUCACUUAUGCUUGCUCGCUCCAACUGAAAGAAGUUACGUCUGCGCUUGUCCAACCGGAAUAUUGCUAAAUGAUAAACAGACUUGUAUGACAGGAAUGCAAAAUUUCCUGAUUGUUGCGAGGAGGACAGACAUUAGAAUGAUUUCGUUGGAUGUGGACUAUUGGGCUGAUGUGAUCCUUCCUGUGAAGAGUGUGGAGAAUGCAAUUGCAAUCGAUGUGGAUAGGAAAGAAUCCUGGAUAUAUUGGUCCGAUGGCAUGCAAGACAAGAUUGAAAGAGCCGAUUCGUCAGGAAAUAAGGUGGAGAAAAUUGUUUCUUUGGGUUUGGAUUCCGUUAAUGGUCUAGCAAUAGAUUCUUCUGGAAGAAAAUUAUACUGGACCGAUACCGGUAGGAGUAGAAUAGAAGUUGCAGAGUUGGAUGGCAGAAACCGAAAAGUACUCAUUAAAGAUAAUCUCGAUAGUCCAAGAGCAAUUGUUCUUUCUUACGAAAUGGGAGUUAUGUAUUGGACAAAUUGGGGUAACAAGCCUACUAUCGAAAGAGCGGAUAUGGAUGGUUCUAACAGGAUAAUUAUUGUUAGUGAUAAUCUAGGUUGGCCUAACGGCUUGACCAUAGAUGUAUCAACUUCUUCUUUAAUCUGGGCUGAUGCGAGGAAUCAUGUUAUCGAGAAAUCAGAUUUUAAUGGUAACAAUCGUCAGAUAUUGAUGAGAGAUGUUCCUCAUCCGUACGGUUUAACUGUGUUUGGGGAAUUUAUCUAUUGGACCGAUUGGGAAACCAGAGCUGUUCAGAGAGUAAAUAAAUUUACAGGAAAAGAUAUCUUUACAGUCUGUGAUAAUCUCGCCGGUUUAAUGGAUAUUCAUUCCAUAUCUAUGAAGAAUACCGAAGAAAAUGUUUGCGGAAAUAAUAAUGGAGGAUGUAGCAAUCUCUGUUUAAGAAAUCCUAAAGGAUAUUCGUGCGCGUGUCCUACAGGAUUACCUUUGCAAGAAAACGGUUACACCUGCGAAGAAGUCCCUUCCGCUUUCUUAAUAUUUGCAAGUAAAUCGAAUAUAUAUCAGAUCUCAAUGGAUACAGAUGACAACAGCGAUAUAUUUUUACCGAUUACUGAUGUAUAUAAUAUUGUAGCCAUUGAUUUUGAUUAUGAAGAAAGUUAUAUUUAUUUCACUGACGUACGUCUAGAUGUUAUCAGGAGGUGCCAUUUUAACGGAAGUAAUAUGGAGACAUUGAUCAGCCACGAUCUGAUAACAGCUGAUGGACUGGCUGUCGAUUGGGUAGCAAAAAAUCUUUAUUGGACAGAUACAGGUAGAAACGUUAUCGAAGUAUCUAGAGUCGAUGGAACAUCAAGAAAAAUUCUUAUAGAUUUGGAUUUAGGAGAACCACGCGCAGUUACAUUGUUUCCCGAAAAAGGUUAUAUGUUUUGGACCGAUUGGGGAAAAUUACCGAAAAUUGAGAGAGCUUUUAUGGAUGGCACCCAAAGAAGAGUGAUUAUAGCCACAGAUUUGGGAUGGCCCAACGGCCUUACUAUAGAUUACGAAAUGGAGCAAAUUUAUUGGGUAGAUGCACACUUGGAUCGUAUAGAAACUGCUGACCUGAAUGGAAAAAAUAGAAUUCAGUUAAUAUACGACGUGACUCAUCCUUUUGGAUUAACACUGUAUGGCCCCUUUAUAUAUUGGACCGAUUGGCAAAGUAAAUCUAUAGAGAGAGCAGAAAAAGAAAAUGGCAAGAACAGGACUAUAAUAUUGGAUAACGUGAUAUAUCCCACGGAAAUAAAAAUGGUUACUUCGAAAAGGCAGAGUGGUACAAACAUGUGUCAGAUACAAAAUGGAGGAUGCAGUCAUUUGUGUCUUCAUAGAGCAGAUACAUACGUUUGUUCUUGUCCAACAUAUCCAGAUCCAAAUCCCUGUUCUACAAUUCCUAGAGAAAUAAUUGUUGAGCAACCCGAAGAUUAUGAAGAUACCAGGAUUACAGUUUAUCAUACCAAUACAACAGUUGGGUGUGCAGAUUCCAGUCUUCAAAACGAAAGAUGCCAUUAUAUAGGAUUUUCUUUUGGAGAUCCUGCUUUACAGAGUGCCUAUAUUGCUCUCAGUGUUGUAGUCGUUGUGUUAGUUUUCACUUUAGCUGUUGCUAUUGCAAUAUGGAAAAGAAGACGACGAGUACAAGAGACGGAUCCAACUAUAACAUUUACAAAUCCAACGUACAGUAAUACGUGUCCUGGAAUGGUAUUAGAGAAAAAAUCUUAUGACUGGGAUUCACAGAAUCAUUACAGUAGAAGACAACCAUUAAUGAGCUUAUCUCCCAAAGAGAAGUUAAAAAAUGCAGAAGUGACUGUUCUAGUACCUAAGAAGUUUGAUAUAGACGUAAACGAAUUAUCGAUACCACCCCCACCCCCACAGAGAAUAGACAGUCAACAGAAUUACAGCUAUCCUCAAGUAACGAUACUUUCAGUGCCAUGCUCGACUCCAUUAAAAUCCAUCCUAAAAUCACCAGAAACGAGACGAAGCACAGGAAGAUCACCGACUCAUCAUUCUCAUGUUGUUUAUCAAACUGUUGAGACAGACAUAUAAUCUCAUUUUCAAAUUAACAA